UGGCAGCGGAACUUGGGGUGAGGCCCAGGCGUGAUGUCUGCGGGCGGUCGUGUGGAUGCCGUCUGCUCAGUGUGGGAAGGUAGACCGCUGAGCUUUAAUUCUUCCUCACAGGCAACAUAGUACCGUGGAAAGAUUUUAGGGAGGCAGUGUGGUGUAGGAAUUAAGAACUUUAUACCAGCCCUUAAACUUCAAAGCUGCCAUUUACUGGUUGUGUGACCUUGGGCUAUAUUCGUUUAACUCUUGAAACCUGUUUGUCCCGUAAGAUCAAGUAGAUGUGAGGGUUUUCUGGACUGUUGGUUCAUUCCACGAAUAUUUAAAAAAAAACAAAACAAAACUUCUCUGUGCUGCACUGAUCUAGGCAUUGGAGAUACAACAGUUGGCAAGAAAGUGAAGGUUUCCCUUACAAAGAUUAUAUUAUAGUCUAGAUGGGAGGAGACAGUACACAGUGUUAGCCAAAAUACAAUUUUACACACUGAUAAGUGCUUUAGAGAAAAUACAGAUAGAGGAUAGUGAUUAGGGGUGAGGGUGGCUGCUCUGUAUAGUGUGGUUUAAGUAGACAUCGUGUCGAGAGCCUAAAGAGGGGUAACCAGACAGACAAGCAUGUGAGAUAGAACCUUCCAGGAAGAGACAUUCUCAGCUAGAAUGGACUGGUGCUCUUCAGGAACUAAAGGACCAGGGAAGGGGAGCUGAGGGAGUGAGGAGUUGUGCAGCACUAGAUGAGGUCUGAGAGGUGCAUAGUGACACGUGGGUAAUCCAUGGUAAAAAACUAUUUGCUCUCCAGAUAAUUUAAUGCCAUUGGAAGUUUUGCUGCAGGAGAGUAACAAAAGAAGAUUUUAAUUUUUGUAGGACCACUCUGGCUCUUGUGAGGAGAAAAAAAUCUGUAAAAUGAGUCUGUAAGGCCAGUUGGGAGUGUAUUGUAAUAGUUCAGUUGAGAGAUGAUGACUUGAACUGUUAGUGCUGUACUCUAACCAAAGCCCAGUGGAAAGGUAGCAUUGAGCAAGUGUGGAAGAAGGGUGAGAUGAAGAUUGAAUUGUCUUUUGGAUUUGGUGAUGUGGAAGUUGUUGGUGUCUUUGUUAAAUGGGGAAUCCCAUGGAGUGGUGAAAAUGUAAGUCUGAUUGGAUUGGAGCAAUAAGAAUAUGAGAGAGAAGGAAUUAUAGACAGUAACUAUAGGUAAUUUUUGCAAGGAAUUUUUCUAUAAUGUAAUGAGAAAAUGACUAACUAUGAAAGUUUUUUGUGGUGCCAGGAUGGGUUUGUUUUAGAUGACGGGUCUUCUGACCUUUUUGUAUAUGCUGAUGUGGUUUUUCCAAUAUAGAACAAAAAGUGUAUACUUUAUGAAAGAAAGAGGAUAGUUAUACAAGAAAGUUCUUCCGUAGACUAGAAUGAUGCCCAAGUGGAGGAAUUGACCUUUGAAAUAAAAGUAAUUUAUCUGUGGUAGUAGAGAAGAUAGAAUAUAGAGAGGGAUAUAGCUGCAACUUAAUUGGAAGAUUUGUUGAUGGCAAAAAUGUGGAACUUUUGAUUUAUUUUUCUCAAUAUAAUAAGUAAGUAGCAAGGACAUCAGUGAAGACAAAGGGUAGGCAACAUAGGUUUGAGGAGAGAGUCAAGUGAAAUCAUCUAUGAUAGGAACACUUGCAUUAAAUAGUGCUUACUCUGUGCCAGAUUCAAUUUUAGGUGAUUUAUAUUUAAUAAUUCAUAACACUAAAAGAUGAAUACUUUUAUUGCCCCAUUUUUACUGAAGUAUAGUCUUAGUCCAUCCAGGAUGCUAUAAUACAAUGCCAUAGGCUAGGUGGGUUAUAACCAACAGUAAUUUAUUUCCUAUGAUUUUGGUGACUGGAAAGUUCAAGAUCAAGGUGCUGACAGAUUUAUUGUCUGGUGAGAACCAACUUCCUAGUUCAUAGAUAGGUUUUUUUUGUUUGUUUGUUUGUUUGGCUGGCAUCUCAAAUGGCUCUCUGUGGUCUCUUAUAUAUUGUUUUCCCUCCAGUUUUAUUGAUAUAUAUUUGACAUACUGGGGUCUCUUUAUAAGGACACUAAUUCCAUUUUGAGUGCUCUGCUCUCAUGACCUAAUCACCUACUAAAGCCCCCACUUACUAAAACCAGCACAUUGGGGAUUCGACUUCAACAUGAAUUUUGCCUCCUAAUCUAGAAAUGUGGGAAGAAAUUGACAAAAUGAUGUGGGAUUGUUGGAAGUUACUAGGAUUCAUUUGUGACUAGUCAUAAGGUGAUAUCAGAAUGGUUUUGUAUAAUCUUUGAGAUUUAUUCGGUGUAGUGACUGAGUAGGUGGAGAGUUGGGUUUUAGUAGAGCUGGGGGUGAAAGCACAAGGGAGUUAAAUAAUUGCAAAGAAAGGAUUGCACUGAACUAUGAUAUUGAAAUUGGAGGAGUAAAAAGCCAGGAAGAGAGAACAUCUGAAUGCCUUGCCCUGCUAUAUAUAAGAAAUUUCUAUGAAGGGCCACUCAUAGACUUGUGAUUUCUUCUUAAGUCAGACCUGAUGUGGUUGGCUUGAAGAAACACAUUCAUUUCUUGAUGGGAAGAAAAAUCUUGUUUAGUUUUUCACUUAUAUUUUUAUUCAUGGGAUUUUCACUAACUUUGGACCAGAUACUUGCCAGGAAGAAUGUAAGUUUUUUCUCUCGAACAUCUUCAAAUAAAGAAGUGGUUAUAAACAGUGAUCAAGAAAAUAAUGAUGAUAUGAAACCAAUUCAGAACUUCACGACAAAACCAGUCACACAGGUCACACAGGCUUUCAACUACAGUCUGAACAGACAAAGACAUUUAGAAAAAGAAUCUUGGAAUGCAUUCAGCUAUCAUAGCCCAGUUAAUGUCUCCAUUGAUGGAAUUCCCUGUAUUCUCUUCUGGGCAAAAAGAAUAACAAUUAAAUUUAAGAAUCAGACCCAGCUGGACCUAACAGAAGAAGCUUUUGGCCAGAAGGCCACAGUGGAUGCUGGCAACUCACAGUGCAGUGAAGAAAGUGCCACGUUGUUUCUGAAGUUUGGUGAUGCUGAAAAUGCUAAAGGUCUAGCUAUAAGAUUCACUCUUACCAAUUACAACAAGUUGGCCAUCCAGAGCUGGUUUAGUUUGCAUCAAGUUGAGAUUAUUUUCAAUAAUUCAAUCCAAGCAACUUUUAAUGCAACUGGCAUAUAUGCUCCUGCAAGUUAUUCCUACCACUGCCAGCGGGUCAGCAGCCUGCAGCGCUACAAUGCCCCCUUGUUGCCCAGCGACGUGGAUGAAAUGUCAAGCCUGUGGGAGGUCACUUUUGUUGAUUUCCAGAUCCAAGGCUUUACCAUCAAGGGAGGACAAUUUGCCAAUACCCGAGACUGUGCAUCUUCCUUCUCGCCAGCCAUUCUGAUUGGCCUGGCAAUGUCCCUGAUCCUGCUGCUGGUUCUUGCCUAUGCCCUGCACAUGCUCAUCUACCUGCGUUAUCUGGACCGGCACUACAAUUUCAUUGGCUCUCCAGUCCACUUCCCCCAGUUGAAAGCUCAAGAUGCAGCUGAAGAGAAGGAGCUGCUGAGGAGUCAGGGUGUUGAAUGCUAUGAACUGAGAAACCAACAGAUCUGCAAAAUUUAUGUUUAGCAGCCCCUUUCCCACAGUAAGUCCACAGUGGGCCCUGAAAGAAGCUGCUUCUGUUCUAUGCCAUUUGACUUAUGAUAAAUGCCAUUUUAAUCAAAGAUUUGAUUGAAAAAAAGAAAAAGGAAACACAUGAUAAAUUGCUUUUGAAGCAUCCACUGGCUUACUCAGAAUUGGGGCAAUAAAAAAGAUGUUUCAGAAAUUCCACAGAGAUAAUCACAGUUGUUGCCUCAAAGCUACCUUGAGAGUAAAGGGAUGUUUUAUGUUAGGGAGACCAAACAAACACAAAACUGUAAUAUAAGAGAAGGAAAGAAAAUGUACUUGCUUUGCCUUGCCUGUGCCAGUUUGGUAAAUGUAAAAAAAAAUAAAUCCAUGGUUAUCUGGAAGUUCAGAAUCAAAAAAAAUUUGUGACAUAAUUUACAUUUUUCAGAAAUUAUGUCUCAGCUUUGUUUUAAAAAAAUACUCUUUGAUUCUUUCUUCAUUGAACUCUUAUGGGAAGACUCCUGUUAAUAUGAUACAACUCUUUAUUUAAGGACUUUCUUGUUAGUUGCUGUCCAGAGGCAGUCCAUUUCAGCCUGUGAUGUCAGGGUAAUAGUCUUGGCAGUAUCUUACUUCUCUUGUCUAGUUGUGGUCCCAAAAUUGGUCUCAUUUGUCUGCCUUAGACUGCCAUUAGCUCCCUGAAGUACCACAUGAAAUAACAACUAAUCUAAAUAAGAGCAGUGUACUUGCUCAGCUUUAAGACAAAUUCACUAAUUCCCCUCGCAAUGAGAUAGUGUCCCUGAAACUCCUCUUUGAUGGAAAUUCUGGAAGCACCACUAAUUUUGCCAUCCCUUUCUUCCAUAUAAAUUUCCCCAUAAUCCUUGUCAUUUUUUUUUUUUUUGGAAGAUCCUCAUUAAAGCGUCUCUAAUAUGUCCUCUGUGUUAAAGAGACUUAUGAGUAAAAAGUGCUUGGCAUUUCUUUAACCAAGUUUCCUCAUAUGACCUUGGUUCUACUGAGAAGAUACCCUUCUACACAACCUAGAUAGCAGAUGGGGACUAUGUGGGACGGGGGGGUCAUGUGCAGGGAAAUUGGAUCUUCUGGGCAACUGUGGUAUUGGGACUACAAUGUAGUUCCAUCUCAGGUGGGACUCAAAUAGGAAAUAUCACUGACAGUGGGAUUUCUGAUAGAAUGGUCUCAUGUUGGGCAUUUCUUCUGAAUUCAUUAUUUUGGCUAUGAUUAUAGGUUUGGCCCUUUCAAAAUUCUGUAAACUCUUAAUACUCUGUAGUGAAUUUCUUUCUGUUUUAAUACCUGGAGUAGAUUCUAUAGUCUGUAACUAAGAAUCAUAAUUUAUAAACUUAUUAAUACCAAAGAUGGUUUCAGGGAACAAACCCUCGAGAAAACGGGAAUCUAGGAUUAAUUAUCUGACUCUGGCUUUAAAUCAAGUGGGGACUCUGUUGGUACUAGAGAAUGGGAGACUGAUAACCCAUGUUAUUUCAUAAUGAGACAGAUUUUCAUUGUGAUUGCCUUAAGUGGUCAUUGGUGAUAUGAAUGACUACUGUGAUAGGCUAUGGUACAUGUAGGGUAAACAUAAUUUAUCAUUCAAAUUGGGACACUUUUGAAAGUGAA